UUGUUUUCGAUCAAACCCGGCGUUUCGGAAUGUGAGGAUUACAUUUACCACAACAUAUUAUAUUAAAUAUAACAUUAAUAUCGUAACGGGAUCUUUGUGUCUUUGAAUGAUUUCGAAAUCCAAAUAAUUACUAUUAAUUACAUAAUUCACGAAAUCAAAAUUAAACAUUAGCAGCACCGUGCCAUUCAAAAGAUUCGCCUAUCAGUAUACUAGAAAUGACACAAAAAUAUUUUCUGACAGGCUAAAAGGGUUAAACGUAGACAUGGUGCCCUCUGUAGCCUACGAAAGAGGAAGUUUUUACAGCGCGUGCGAGCAAGUAUUCAGAGCGAGAAGUUAUACGGUCCUUUUAUUCUGAAGCACACAUCUCCAGAGAUCUCCGAGAUCAAAUCACACGGCUGUUGUUUUCACGCUCGGUCCAGAUAUCGUUGCCUAGAGCUAAACCUACCAACUGACCCGACACACGAGCAGCUCAAACACAGCUCAUGGCAGGACCCGAGUCAAAAGCCGCCAAAGACUUGACUGCAGUGAUGGAGACCACGAUGCAACAACUUCAGAGCAGGUUUCAGAACUUAUCUGACCAAAUCAUCUCCAAAAUGGACGAGAUGGGAACGCGUAUAGAUGACCUGGAGAAGAACGUCGCUGAUCUCAUGACGCAAGCAGGAGCUGAGGAGCAUUAUAAAUCAAGUGGCUUUGAAGAGAGACCAAGCUGACCAAAGCACUGAGCAGAAGCCUUUGGAGACGUUUGAGAUCAACACAAUAUUUCUAUGCAUGAAUUAUUUAACAGUGCCUUAUUUUCUUUGUAUGAUGUGGAUCUUGUGCCUAAAGCAAUAAAUGAACUUGUUUGGCCUGUUGUGUUAAA